ACCUCCCCAUACGUUCCAGUACAAGUUUUCCCGUGAACAUUGCUCCCUUGAAAGUUCUCUUCCAAGCUCUUGAUAAUGUCCAAUACCGUAAUCCUCGGCACCGGUAUAAUCGGUCUCUCAACCGCCUACUAUCUCUCUCACUCCCAUGACCCGUCAACCAUCCACCUCGUAGAUCCAUCACCCAUUCUUUUCUCUUCUGCUUCUGGCUACGCAGGUGGUUUUCUUUCUCGCGAUUGGUUUGCCGAGGAAUUAUCUGACUUGGGUCUCUUAAGUUUCGAUGAACAUAAGAAACUGGCGGAGGAACAUGCUGGUGGUGAAAAAUGGGGGUAUAGUAUGAGUAAAAGUAUGAGUUAUGUGAGUCAUGUUGCUGCGGAAAGUUUUAGGAGGACUGGGAAGAAGGGAGUCAGCGGAGAUGCUUGGUUGAGAGGGGGUGGAAGUAGAGCCGAGACUGCUAGUGGUAACGAUGGUGUUAGUGUAGACGAAAUUAUAGAUACUACUGGACUAGAGGGACCCAAAUGGUUAAGAAGAAAUGAAGGUGAUGAGUUAGAAGUCAUUAGUGAAGAUGGAAGUACAGCUCAAGUGUGAGUUAGUCUAAAACCUUUUCUCACUCAUCUGAAAUCACAUUAACAAAUCAAGUGACCCUCUCAAAUUAUGUCAAUUUCUUCUCACCACCUGUCUCGCCCGUGGCGUACAACUUCACCACCCUGCAAAAGCUUUGUCCGUUCAUGAAGAUAUGAGAUCCGAAAUAUCUAGUAUACGGAUUUUGAACACCUCCACAAAUAUCGAGUCUGAUAUUCCGUGCACGAAAAUUCUGAUAGCAGCUGGUGCUUGGUCGCCAGAGGUAUUUUCUACCUUGUUCCCGGGAUCAAGAUUGAAAUUACCGGUUUCCAGUCUAGCUGGUCAUUCUUUGGUAGUGAGGAUAUCGAGCUGGAAUGAUCAGCUGGAGGAGAAGGAAUGUCAUGCCGUAUUUGCUAGUGAUGAGGAUGGAUAUUCUCCUGAGGUGUUCUCUAGGAAGGGUGGUGAGAUUUAUGUUGCGGGCUUGAACUCUUCAAUUAUACCAUUGCCAGGACUUGCAACAGAGUCCAAGGUCCAAGAGGAUGUUGUACAGAGGUUAGAGAAGACUGCGAAAAAAAUGUUUGGCCUUGACAAAAACAUUGAAAUGGAAGUUGUCAGGAAAGGCUUAUGCUUUCGACCGGUUACGAAUAGGGGAACGCCAAUUUUGGCGAGGAUAGCCGAUAGUGACUUAGGUGGAAUGGGGACUAGGAAUGCUGGAGAUGGGGGUGUUUGGCUUGCGGCUGGACAUGGUCCUUGGGGCAUUAGUAUGAGUUUGGGUACAGGCAAAGUAAUGGCGGAGAUGAUACAAGGAAAGGCUACAAGCGCUGAUGUCUCGAGAUUAGGUUUCUCGCAUUGAAUAAUUUAGAUCGCCAAGAAUGAUAAACUC